AUGAAGGCAUUUAUGGUCCUGUGCUUGGUGGCGUUGGCGAGCUCGCAGGAGCUGCCCAGAGAAACAGCCGAGGUGGCUGCAGCGAAGGCCGCUCACUUUGCCCGCUACAACUACGAGGCGGUCAGGAACACCCUCGGCUACAUCCCGUACCCGUACUACAGCGCACCUCUGUUCUACAGCAUACCCUACUCCUACGGGCCAGCACCUCUUGGACCCGAUGGCCGAGUGACGGACACCCCCGAGGUUGCCGCGGCCAAGUUUGCCCACUUUGCUGCCCACGCUAAGGCGUCGUUGAAGCCGUACGGUGCCUUGGCCAUCUCUCCGUACUACGCGUACGGCUACCCGUACACGGCACCCCUGGGACCCGACGGCAAUGUCAUCGACACGCCCGAGGUUGCCGCAGCCAAGGUCGCUCACUUCGCCGCUCACGCCGCCGCCACUCACUGA